GAAGACUGGAGUCUGACUGGAGAUGGAUCAGCACCCUCUGUGGAUCUGGUUCCUUUGCCUGCAAACCUGGUCUGAAGCAGCAGAAGGAGUUGCAGACUCGAUGGUGGUGAUUGGGAUUCUUGGGGAGUCAGUUACUUUCCACUUAAAGAUUCAAGAACCACAGAAAAUUAGUAUCAUUGCCUGGACUUCUCAAUCAUCUGUUGCUUUUGUAAAACCAGGAAUCCAAGGACCUGAAAUUACCAUAACCCAGGUCAUUUAUAAAGGACGAAUAGAAGUCAUAAAUCAGACCUAUGACUUGGUCAUUAGAAACCUGAGGAUGGAAGAUGCAGGAACUUACAAAGCAGACAUCAAUGAAGAGAACCCUGAGAAAACCAUCACCAAGAGCUACCACCUUCAUAUCUACCGUCGCCUUCAAAAGCCAAAAAUUACACAGAGUUUGAUACUAUCUUUGAACAAUACUUGUAAUGGCACACUGACAUGCUCUGUGGAGAAAGAAGAAAAGAAUGUGACAUACAGUUGGAGUCCCUCUGAAGAGAAAAGCAAUGUCCUUCGGAUCUUCCACUCCCCCAUGGACCAAAAUCUGACUUAUACAUGUACAGUCCGGAACCCUGUCAGCAACAAUUCUGACUCUGUCACUGUCCUACAGUCAUGUACAGACACUCCAAGCUUCCAUCCUCACCAGGCUGCAUUGCCAAAGGAACUGGCCAUGCUCUCUCUGCUUAUUUUUAUUCCGGUGUUGGCACUUCUGUUCCAUUUGUACAAGAGAAGACGAGGUAGGAUUGUCUUGGAAGCAGAUGGAGUCUCAAAGAAAACAGUAUACUCUGUAGUUUCAAGAAAGAGUCAUCUGACAGAGCCCAGAAUCUAUGAUGAAAUCCCUCCGUCCAAGAUGCUGUCCUGUAAGGAAGAGCCUGUGACCACCAUUUAUUCCUCAGUGCAGCUUUCUGAGAAGAUGGGGAAAACCAACAUGAAGGAGGAAAAACUGCCCAAGACUUUGGGUAAUGAAAUUGUUGUCUAGGUGAGCAGGCAGUG